CACACAACAAUUAACACAUCCACAAUUAACUUAUAGCUAGUAUUUAAAUACAAUUGUUGUGUGUUAAAUGAUGAGUGAUGGACACUUUUCAAUGUUAAUAAACUUCAACAUUGUUUAAAGAGUCUAUGGGUUCUUCAACCUAUAUGUUACCUAUUUCAUUGGUUCUCAUCUAUCGACUCUUCUGAGUUUUUCUUCCACCGGUUCCAAUGUGUGUCUCACAGUUUAUGACCUCGCUGGUGGUGACACUGACUCACCAAGUGUUAAAUUUGGGGGAGAAGCACUGAAGCCCAAGAGUUGGAAUCGGCUCGAUUUGGGGCAUCAGGUGCCAACGUCAUUAGCGAAGGUCUGAAUGUUUCAAUUCUGCACUGCAACUGUUCGGUUCUGGACUCAAAGAGCUGGCAAGGACAUGGAAACUACACAAUGUUUCAAUCUGAGGUCAAUGACAUGAAAAUGUUGCUAUGUGAGGUCACAUGUUGAUUGGGUGAAAAGGUUUGGAUUUCUUCGUGGAAAUUACACAAUGGUUGAAAUGUAUUUGGUAUUAUUAGAUAAGGUUUAACAAAGUUUCAUGGAAAUAACUCAAAACGCCUAGUGAGGAACCUAUCUAGACCAGCCUUUCAGGUUCCUUAGAGAAUCUUAUCGGUUCUUAUGCAACUGUUCAAUGGUUUGUUUCUAAAUUUCCAUGAAAGACUGGUCUAUAUUGGUAUUUUGAGUUAGUUCCAUGAAUCCACAGUUUUGCAAAGCAAUUGCAGCUUUGAAUCAGUCAACAUGUAAAGACUCUAUAUUGCUGACCUUAUGCCCAUACCUUGUGCCUUGUGGUCAACAUUGCUUAUAGGUCUCAGAAAACAAUUCCCACAAGUCCCUGAGGUUUGCUUUUCCUGGCUUACUUUCUCACUUCGCUUCUUAAAUUAACGUUGAAAAAUCUGAUUGAUUCAUAUUCUCACCGCAGAGUGUAGAUGUCUAUCUUUAAUUGGUUGUAAGGUCAACUUAAAUGGUUGACUGGUUAAAAGGUUAGACUUCUCCGUUGAAAACUGGCAAUUAAUAUUAUUAUUAGAAAAGGUAUAAGUUAAUUGUGGAUGAAGUAGUGGAGAAUUUUGCAACAUAACUGUGGUGUCGUCAGCGUUAUUUCUAGGUGCUUGAGUAUAGUUCUCACAAGCCCCUGACUUUGUUUUCGUGACUUACUUUCUUGUUAACCAAAGAGUAUUUUGUUUGUUAAAUUAUCUGAAGAAGAUAGUUCUUGGAGACACAUGGGGAAGAAGAGGACCGUGUUCUUUGCUUGUUUACUCUUCUUUACCAUCCUUUUAAGUCUUACCAAUGCAGGAAUAACGACAGAAAGUCCUUUGUCAGUAGGACAAACUCUCAGCUCCUCUAAUGGAGUUUAUGAAUUGGGGUUCUUCAGUCCUAAUAACUCUGUGAAUCAGUAUGUCGGAAUCUGGUUCAAAGGUAUCAUUCCGCAGGUGGUUGUGUGGGUGGCAAAUAGAGAAAAGCCUGUUACAGACUCCACUGCAAAUCUCGCUAUCAGCAGCAAUGGAAGCCUUCUGUUAUCUAAUGGCAAACAUGGCGUUGUGUGGUCAACGGGAGAAGUUUUUGCAUCGAACGGCUGUCGUGCAGAGCUUACAGACAACGGAAAUCUAGUUGUCAUAGAAAAUGUUUCAGGAAAAACUGUAUGGGAAAGCUUUGAGCAUCUUGGUGAUACUAUGCUCCCUUUCUCAGCCCUCAUGUAUAAUCUCGCCAGCGGUGAGAAGCGGGUGUUGAGUUCUUGGAAAAGUUCCACCAAUCCAUCGCCUGGUGAAUUUGUAGGUCAGAUUACACCACAAGUGCCAUCACAGUUGCUUAUUACGAGAGGCUUGACACCUUACUAUAGAACCGGUCCAUGGGCUAAAACAAGGUUCACAGGGAUACCGCUAAUGGAUGACACAUAUACAAGUCCAUUCAACCUUCAGCAUGAUGCAAAUGGGUCAGGAUCCUUUACUUAUGUUGAUAGAAACUUCAAACUUUCACGUAUAGUCUUAACAUCAGAGGGAUCAAUGAAGAGGUUUCGGCAUAACGGAACAGAUUGGGAAUUAAGUUACAAGGCUCCAGCCAAUUCAUGCGAUAUUUACGGUGUAUGUGGACCAUUUGGGUUGUGUGUUAUGUCAGUACCUUUAAAGUGUGAAUGCUUUAAAGGGUUUGUUCCUCAUUCCAUUGAGGAGUGGGAAAGAGGAAACUGGACUGGUGGUUGUGUGAGGCGUACUGAACUAUAUUGUCGAGAAAGCUUUACUGGAAAAGAUGUAAACAUUUUCCAUCCUGUUGCCAACAUAAAGCUUCCAGACUUUUACGAAUACGCAAGUUCUGUAGAUGCAGAAGAAUGCUACCAAAGUUGCCUGCACAAUUGUUCUUGCUUGGCCUUUGCUUAUAUCCAUGGAAUAGGGUGCUUAUUGUGGAACCAGGAUCUCAUGGACGCAGUGAAAUUUUCUGCAGGAGGUGAAAUUCUUUCCAUUCGCCUUGCACGUUCAGAACUAGGUGUAAAUAAGUUCAAGAAAACCAUUGUUGCUAGUGUUUUGAGCUUUUUUCUUUUUGUGAUAUUGGCUUCUACUGCGUUUGGUUUCUGGAGAUGUAGAAUGAAACAUAAUGCUCAUAUAUCAAAGCAUGCAUGGAGGAAUGAUCUGACACUACAGGAUGUCUCAGGUCUAGUGUUCUUUGACAUGAAUACCAUUCAAAAUGCCACCAAUAAUUUCAGUCUAUCAAACAAACUUGGACAAGGUGGAUUUGGUUCCGUUUACAAGGGAAAAAUGCAAGAUGGGAAAGAAAUCGCAGUAAAACGGCUUUCAAGCAGCUCUGGACAGGGCAAGGAGGAAUUCAUGAAUGAAAUAGUACUCAUCUCAAAACUCCAACAUAGAAACUUAGUCCGGAUUUUGGGAUGCUGCAUCGAAGGAGAAGAGAAGCUAUUGAUUUAUGAGUUUAUGUUGAAUAAAAGCCUUGAUACUUUUGUCUUUGAUACAAGAAAAAGGCUCGAGCUUGAUUGGCCAAAGAGAUUUGAAAUCAUUCAAGGUAUUGCUCGUGGACUUCUCUAUCUCCAUCGUGACUCACGCCUUAAGGUAAUUCACCGAGAUCUGAAGGUCAGCAACAUUCUUCUGGACGAGAGAAUGAACCCAAAAAUAUCAGAUUUUGGAUUGGCUCGGGUGUAUCAGGGAACCCAAUAUCAGGACAAUACUCGCAGGGUUGUAGGAACUCUAGGAUACAUGUCUCCUGAGUAUGCAUGGAGUGGAGUAUUCUCUGAGAAAUCAGACAUCUAUAGCUUUGGAGUUCUACUGUUAGAAAUCAUCAGCGGGGAGAAGAUCUCACGGUUCAGCUAUGGCGAAGAAGGAAAAACACUUCUUGCAUAUGCAUGGGAAUCUUGGUGUCAAACCAAAGGAGUUGAUCUUUUGGACCAAGCUCUUGCUGAUUCUUGUCAACCAUCUGAAGUUGGAAGGUGUGCCCAGAUUGGGCUGCUCUGUGUUCAACACCAACCUUCAGAGAGACCCAACACACUUGAGUUGCUGACUAUGCUCACCACAACAUCAGUUCUUCCAUCACCAAAACAACCCACAUUUGCAUUGCACCCCAGAGAUAAUGAAUCCAUGUCUAAGGAUUUGACCACUGUCAAUGACAUGACCCAAUCUGUGAUUCUUGGGCGUUAAGAAACGAUGCAAUAAUCAUUUAUUUGUUGAAGUGAUCAACUUUUUAUUUAUUCAUUAUUCAAUACAUGUUAUUAAAUUAGUCUUA